AUGGCCGUCAACCGGCUGGAUCCAAAGAAGCUCAACGUGCUCGUCUACACUGGCCAUGGAAGCACGCUCGAGUCGGUCCGGCACUGUCUGUACUCACUCCGGCGCCUGCUCGCUCCAAGCUAUGCCGUCAUCCCUGUGACAGCCGAGAUGAUCCUCAAAGAGCCCUGGAUCUCGACCUGCGCCAUGCUCGUCAUGCCCGGCGGCGCUGAUCUCGGAUACUGCCAGCUGCUCAAUGGCCAGGGCAACGCCCGCAUUUCCCAGUUUGUGCGCCGCGGCGGCGCGUACCUGGGCUUUUGUGCGGGCGGAUACUACGGUAGCAAGCGCUGCGAAUUUGAAGUCGGUGAUAAGAAGAUGCAGGUUAUUGGAGAGCGAGAGCUGGCCUUUUUUCCGGGCACGUGUCGUGGAUGUGCCUUUGAAGGGUUUGUUUAUCAUAGUGAAGACGGUGCGCGUGCGCCAGAGUUGAGACCGUCCAAGUCCGCGCUGCCGGAUGUUGGAACGGUGCCGGAUCUUUUUCGGAGCUAUUACAACGGUGGCGGUGUCUUUGUUGAUGCCGAGUCGUAUGCUGAUCAGGGAGUGGAAGUGUUGGCAAAUUACACUGAGGAGCUCAAUGUUGAUCCUGGGCAAGGCGCUGCUGCUGCGGUGGUAUAUUGCAAAGUCGGCGAGGGUGCCGCUGUCCUGACAGGGCCACAUCCAGAGUUCGCUGCAAGCAAUCUUGAUAGGUCUGCAGGAGGACCAGAGUAUGGAAAACUGAUUGACCGGCUUGCAGCCGACGACAAAUCGCGGACAGACUUUCUCAAAGCGUGUCUGUCCAAGCUCGGCCUGCAGGUCAAUCGGGAAACGUCUACGGUACCGUCCCUUUCUUGCUUACAUCUCUCUUCUGUCGAGCCUGAAUAUACUCGGGCCAUUGCGUCGUCAUUGGACGAGCUGAUCACACGGGAAGAGAGCAAAGAGCUGUUGAAAGAUGUCAACGACACCUUUCAGAUUGAAAAGUUGGACAAGUUCGGGAUGAGAAGUCUCGAAGAAGCUCUACCAGACGAAGAAAAUAAAGAAACAAAGGCUGAUGCCGCAGAGGACAGAAUCAUCGAUUAUAACACGGUCGUCAAACGUCUUCUGAUCCACAGCGACGAGGUGCCAUCCUCGAAGCUCACGCCGUAUUUCAACCAUCACGCUUUUUAUGCCAAUUUACGGCACUAUCAGUCGCAGUCCAAGGAAGCCGUGGUUGAUUUUGGGAGACAUCUCCUGUACGGCGAGGUGGUGACAAGUACGAACACUAUUCUUGAAAAAAACACUAAGCUCCUCCGCCACUUACCGACUGGCUUCACCGCAGUAGCGACUGUUCAGGUGGCUGGUAGAGGCCGCGGAUCCAACGUCUGGGUCUCGCCAGCUGGGGCUCUGAUUUUCUCGACAGUCGUACGCCAUCCAAUGGAAAAAAUGCAGACGGCUCCGGUGGUGUUUAUCCAGUACCUCGCAGCCAUGGCUGUCGUCCAGGGCAUCAAGCGCUACGACAAGGGCUACGAGGACUUGCCAGUCAAGAUGAAGUGGCCGAAUGAUAUUUAUGCUCUGGACCCCGCAAACCCAGACAAAAAACAAUAUACCAAAAUCUGCGGCAUCCUGGUCAACUCGCAUUAUUCGGCCGAGGAAUACAUUUCCGUAGUCGGCAUCGGCCUCAACGCGACCAACGCACAGCCAACCACUUCCCUGAAUGCACUCGUCGAGAAAUUCGCAUCCCCCUCGACCCGAAGAGCAAACCCCAUUACACUCGAAAAACUUCUCGCCCGGAUUAUAACCGUCUUUGAAGAACUAUACGCCCGCUUCCUACGCUCCGGGUUCGACAAGACCUUUGAAGAGAUGUACUACGACGACUGGCUGCAUAUGUACCAGAUAGUUACCCUGGAAGAAGAAGGGGGCGUGCGCGCGCGGAUCAAGGGGAUUACGAGGGAUUACGGCUUGUUGCUGGCAGAGGAGCUUGGCUGGGAAGACCGGCCGACGGGCAGGGUCUGGCAGCUGCAGAGCGAUAGUAAUAGUUUUGAUUUUUUCCGAGGGUUGGUCAGGAGGAAGGUCUAA